AUGGCGGCAGCUCCUGGAGUCUUCGCAUUCCCGCAAGACACCUACACGACAUCUCUUAACACACUCGCGAACAUAUUGGCCCCUGCAGCGAAGAGCGCAGGAUGUGGCGCAGAUCUGCCCAAGGAUCUUACACCAGGUGGCAGCUCAGUCAACAUCACCAUCCAGUCGCCGCUUUCUCCACCAAACACCACUGUGCACCAAAGAGAGUACCUGAUCCACAUCCCGGAAUCGUAUCCCGAAUCGAACGACAAUCCACGCCCUCUAGUUCCUACUUUCAACGGCCAAUAUCAUUGGACAGAGUCCAUCGAGCGCUACACUGGCUUCUCGACAUCCGCCUUCAACCCUCAUAGCAUUGCUGUCUACCCUGCAGGAGUCGGCAAUCAAUGGCUCGGCGAUGUGCUGGCACCAAACUCAAGCUAUAUCAACGAUAUCCAGUUCGUAAGUGAUGUGCUAGACGACCUGGAAUCCAAACUAUGCAUCGACAAGAACAGAAUAUACGCGGCAGGCCUAUCGAAUGGAGGAGGUAUGACUGGACUUCUCGCAUGCAACGGUACUGUAGGAGGACGCUUCGCCGCGCUAGCAGGUGUAGCUGCAGCAUACUAUCCCGACAAGUCUCUACCAGAGCACCUUUUUGGCGAAAAGUGUGGUCUGGAUCGUGACGAGGGUUCGCAGAUCCCUUACCUCGAAAUCCACGGCACAGAGGACCAAGUCGUACGCUACAACGGCAGCAACACGCCAGACCCCGAUACGUACAAUAUACCAACAUUUCUGUCGAAGAUCGCGAAACUCAAUGGCUGUGCCGCGGAUGCAGAGCAGAAGUCGGGAUUGAACCGUUUGGAGACCAACUCUACUCAGACCCUGAACGGCGGCAAUGUAACGAAACACAGCUAG